AUGAACAAGAAUGGCUGCGGUCCCGGCGGGAAGAACGGCGACGGCGGCGCGUGGAAGCCGGCGGUGAUGAUGAUCGCCGGUCAGGUAAUGUUGUCGGGGAUGAAUAUAUUGUUGAAACUGGCAGCCAAUGAUGGGAUGGAUAGCCGGGUUAUCGUGGCUUAUCGUUUUGUUUUCGGGGCUGUUUUCAUGGCUCCCAUUUCAUUCUUUUCCGAAAGAAAAUCAAGGCCGAAAUUGACAUGGAAAGUGUUCUUCUACGCCUGUCUUGCUGGUUUAUUCGGCGGAUCAUUGGGCCAGAAUCUGUAUUUACAAAGCUUGGUACUGACAUCUGCAACAUUUGUCUCAGCCAUGCUCAAUCUUGUUCCUGCUGUCACAUUUCUAGUCGCCCUUUGCUUCAGGUUGGAAAAGUUAGGCUGGAAAACAGCAGCAGGCAAAGCUAAGAUGUUGGGAACAAUAUUGGGAAUAGGCGGAGCCAUGGUGUUCACAUUUUACAAAGGUCCAGAUGUCACCAUUUGGGAUACAAAACUAAACCUUCUGGAGCUAACCAGCAGCCAUCAUUCAGCCACCAAACCAGCAGCUGCUGGAGGUGAUCAUAAACUCGUGAUCGGAAUCAUCCUCGGGUUGUUGAGUUGUGUUUCUUACUCACUUUGGUUGAUCAUACAGGCGCGAGCAUCUGCCGAUUAUCCUGCUCCAUUAUCCUUUACAGGUCUCAUGAAUUUCACAUCAGCGGUAUCGAGUGCUCUUUACGCAGUUUGCAUGCAAAGAGACCCUAGUGAAUGGAAGCUAGGAUGGAAUAUACGACUCCUAGCUGUUGCUUACUCGGGGUUUGUCUGCUCCGCGGUACUGUUCACCAUAGUCGCGGUAGUCGUACGAAUGAAAGGUCCAACAUUUGCUGCAGUUUUCAAUCCUUGUGUGCUUGUGGUUACUGGCUUGGUCAGUUCGCUAGUGUUGGAGGAGGACCUAUUCUUGGGAAACUUGCUGGGAGGAUUGAUCAUAAUUAUCAGUUUAUAUAUGGUAUUGUGGGGGAAGAAAAAAGAGGCAGAAAAGAGUAACAAAUUGGUGCCGAUCGAGAAUGCGACUCCUCCCGAUUUGGAAAUGCAGGAGAAGGAAGAAGUUGACAAGAAGAACAGGAGUACAACUAAUGUGUAA